AUGAUCUACCCCAGCAUGGAUUCCGGCCAGAGCUAUCUCUGGCUAAUGUUACUGUGUGCCGUGCUAUACCUAUUCUGGUUCUUAACGACCAACGGAACACGAUACUGGCGGCGUGUCCGGGUGCCAUACAUCGAGGGCCGUCCACUGGUGGGCAACUUCUACGAAGCGGUGCUGAUGCGAAAAUCAAUGUUCGACCUGAUGGACGAACUGUACGUGCACGAGCGCGUCCGGGACAGUGCGCUGUUUGGCAUCAGCAAGCUGACCACCCCCACCCUCGUACUGCGCGAUCCGGAACUCAUCAAACAGAUACUAAUUAAAGAUGCAGCGUUCUUUUGCAAUCGCACCACUUGCACCGAUCCACAUGGUGAUCUGAUCGGGUACUACAACUUGUUGAUGAUUAAAAAUCCAGCUUGGAAGCAGCUACGGUCCUACCUUACGCCGUCGCUUAGCUUGAGCAAAAUCAAGCAAAUGUACCGGCUGCUCGAUCAGGUUGGUGCAGAAAUGGUGGCAUCACUCGAUGCGCUGCCGGAGAAACGGGCGAACGUUCGUGAAACGGAAUUUAAAGAACUUUGCGCACGCUUCACCACCGACGUCAUUGCGAGCACCUUCUUCGGCAUGCAGGCCAACUGUCUGAAGGAUGAGCAGUCCGAAUUUCGUUACUAUGGGCGCAAGAUCUUCGAAUAUGGUCCAGUGCGCGGUAUGACGAUGGCAUCGUUCUUCUUUAUUCCCGAUCUCGUACCCUAUCUGCGCUUGAAACUGUUCCCUCGCGAUACGGAAGCUUUCCUGAGGAGUAUUAUUGAGCAGGAAAUUGCAAGGCGCGAAAAGACGGGCGAAAGUCGAGGUGAUUUCAUCGAUUCUAUGAUUGCGCUCAAAAAUAACAAUGCUACGAUAGGUGUGGAGAAGAAAAUACCACUGAAAGGUGACAUACUUGUUGCGCAGGCGGGCACCUUCUAUAUGGCCAGCUUUGAAACGACCUCCUCUGUACUAUCGUUUGCUCUUUACGAGUUGACAAAAAAUCAACAAAUACAAGCUAAACUCAGGGAAGAAAUCCGUCUUAUUGUACGUAAAUAUGGACAAGACAUCCCUUACGAAGCGUAUGCCAACGAGAUGCCCUAUCUAGGCAUGGUCAUUUCCGAAACGGCUCGCCUUUAUCCAGUUCUACCAUUCAUCGAGCGACAGUGUAACCUACCGAAAGGUAGUACGGGGUACAAGCUAGAACCGCUCCACGACUACGUCAUCCCCAAUCAUAUGCCAGUGCUGAUUCCCAUCUACGCAAUACAUCGAGAUCCAAAGUUUUUCCCCGACCCGAUACGCUUCAAUCCGGAACGAUUUGCCAAAGAGAACUUGGACCAAAUACAGCCCUGCACGUACAUGCCGUUCGGCGUAGGACCACGCACCUGCCUUGGAUCACAUUUUGGAACGUUGCAAAUUAAGAUAGCACUCUUGAAGCUGCUCUCAAAGUAUCGUAUCGAUCGUUCAUCGUCCACACCGGAAGUGUUAACUUACCGGAAGAAUGCUUUCACACUGAAUUCCAACGAAGGAUUGUACGCCGAUCUGGUCCAGGAUGUUCUGGAGGUGUACGUGAUCAGUUGA